AUGCUGCCAGGUCCCCCCCUGAUCUGUGGGCCGAGCGGACCGAACCCUCCGCCCAAAACAGGGAUCCUGGAGGAGUCAGCCGCCCGGAGAGCUGGCAAAAAGUCCAUGUUCACCUUCGUCGAGAAGCCAAAGCUGGGCCCCAACCCUGAUCUGCUGGACCUGGUCCAGAGCGUGGACAACAAGAAGAAGCAGAAGGAGCAGGGGGAGCCCGGUUCCGAGGAUGAGCCCUUUGCCCUCGGGGCCGAAGCCGCCAACUUUGUCCCCAACAGUGCAGCCAGGCGGGGCGCACCUCUCCCACCGGCCGAUGAUGCUCCAGCGUGGUCCUCCUGCCUCAAGUCUCCCACCAUCCAGCCCAAGCCAAAGCCACUGCCCAGCCACAACCUCAGCGAAGCAAGGGGGAAGGGAGCCGAGCUCUUCGCCCGCCGGCAGCCCAGGAUGGAGAAGUACGAUGCCAAUGCUUGCCUGUCACCCAUGGUUUCCAGACACCCCUCCAAGAGUCCCUCCAGGCCCUCCAAAACCCCCCCAGCCUCUCUGUAUAGCACCAACCUGAUGGAGAACGAGGUCUCCCAGAAGGAGGUGGAGAUCUCCAAGCACCAGCCCUACCAGCUCCAGUCUUCACUCUUCAUCCUCUCCCCUUCCAAGAGGCCAGCGAAGUCCAUGCCCCAGGAGAUGCCUCCGCCCAGACCCUCUCUUCCUGACACCUACCCCUACCCCCAGCAAACCUCCUGCCCGACCUCUCCAUUGCCUCCUUCUCCUGUUUGGCAUCCUCCCACCAUGCCUAGCGCCGGCCAGACCACCUCCAGCCCCUUCCCCAGCACCGCUGCGGCUCUGCCCCUGACUCACAGCAGCAGUGCCAGUCCUGGAGCCCCAACCGAGGUGCUGCUGGCCUCCCCGUGCCGCCUGCUGCCGCCCCGAGUGAAGGGGGGCUUCCAGGCACCCCGGCCCUCCUACUCCACCAGGAACGCCGGCAUCGAGCCGCAGGUGUGGAAACCUUCUUUUUGCUACAAGUAG